CUCACCCUCUCUGGGGUGUGCGUAGCCUCUUCCAAAAAGUGAGCGGUUGUGUUGUCUCCGCUCACGUACGUUUGCUCCCAGCUGCCUCCUUUGGUCUCUGAGCCGAAGUUGGCGCAGCGUUUUUGUUCCCUUUGGCGUGUGCACGUGCUGAAGGUGUCUCUGGAUCUCUCCUGCCGAACACUGCUUUCUAAAGUCACCCUAGAAUCGAUUAAAACUCGAGGGGUAAUGAGGUUUAUAGAGUUAUACAUUUGGGGAUUGUUGGUCACUAGAUGCCAGCUGAAAUUCUGGGUGAGUCUACGCUAUGUUUGGGAGAGCGGAGCAGCACUGUGCUAAAGGGUGCUUGGAAAACAGAAAGGAGAACGGAAAACAGAAAGGUCAUGUUCUUGUCCAGUCUCUACACCAUCUGCAAGGUUUUCUUACUUUUCUUAUGCUCUUAUUGUGCAUACAAUAUAAAAAUACAGAAAGACUGCGCAGCUGUACAGUUCUUAUUCCAGUAUAUAAUGAACCAGAAGUCAGAGGCUUAUAUUGAUAGAGAUUUAUGAGUGUGCAUGUAUAUGCCCAAUUUGUGGUCAGUAAAGAUGUUUGGGAGUGAAAUUCUCACUAGGCAUGAAAAAUUUCCCUUAGAUGAAAAGUUGCUGUUUGCUUAGACUCUUGAGAAAUGUCAUCAUACAGGUUUUGACAAGUACAGGUACGGUAAACUAGCAUAUACUGUCCUAUUUAAUCCCUGUGUGUCCCUGAAGUGAUGCAAUCCCUUAAGUACUACAGUGAGCAGGUGUGUAAAGAUUUGCACACUCAGUAUCCAAGAAAAACCUGUAAAGCAUGUGCCACUAUUUCAAGUGAGCCACUAGCUUUCCUUUUUUUUUUUUUUUUACACUAAACAUAAUCGAUAGAUGCAUAAACUGCAUAUUAAUGAAUGGUAGAUGUAAAAGUUGUUCUGUAGUAGCGUUAUGAACUAGAUUUUUUGCCUUUGGACGAUCGUAAAGCUGAUGUUUUUCAUUCAGUUGCCUUUUUUUCGUUUAUGCAGGUGACCAUGAUGAUCUUUCUUUUCAGGCAGGCCCGAGGGGUACUCUUGAGAAUGCUACUUGGAAAAUACAGCUGAAGUCCAGUAGUACUCUGCCUAUCUCUCUAACUGAAAUAAAGAGCCUGUUCACCAUGAAGAGAUUUUUCAGCACUUCGCGCUCAACAGUGGAUCCCAAAGAAAUGAAAAAAUUCCAGCUCCUCGCACAUAAGUGGUGGGAUGAAGAAGGAGACUAUUCAGCCCUUCAUUCUAUGAAUGAUAUUAGAGUGCCAUUUAUUAGAGAUACUCUGUUGAACAAGAGUAAUAAUCAUCAACUGGGAAACCCCCUUUCUGGACUAAAGAUUCUAGAUGUUGGCUGUGGUGGUGGAUUGCUAAGUGAACCUCUAGGUAGGCUGGGAGCUUCAGUUACUGGAAUUGAUCCUCUGGAGGACAACAUUAGAAUAGCAGAUCAGCACAAGUCAUUUGAUCCCAUCCUGGCCAGGAGAGUACAGUACAAGUCCAGUUCACUGGAGGAUAUUGUGGAAGAGUCUAUGGAAACCUUUGAUGUAAUUGUAGCUUCUGAAGUAGUGGAGCAUGUGGCUGACCUUCAAAUGUUUAUCAAGUGUUGCUCUCAGGUAUUAAAGCCUGAAGGUUCUUUAUUCAUUACGACAAUCAAUAAAACGCAGUUGUCCUAUGUCCUGGGAAUUGUGGUUGCAGAAAAAAUAAUAGGCAUUGUACCAGAAGGAACACAUGAGUGGGAGAAGUUUGUUACCCCUGAAGAGCUAGAGCGCCUUCUGAAAUCAAGUGGCUUUUCAGUGAAGGCUGUGAAUGGGAUGUUGUACAAUCCUAUCACGGGGUCAUGGAGUUGGACAGAAAGCACGAGCAUUAACUAUGCAAUGCACGCUGUGAAAUCCAGGGGUCAGGGACAGUCAGGCCACACAGACCCCUCGUCAGAGAUGCAACGUGAACAGCACUCUGCCACAGCUGGCACUGGCAUGUGACUGUUUGAGACGUGUGGUGACAGACUGCCACCAGGGACAGAAAAUAAGGUUUUACACAGAUGGACAUCAUAAAAGCUUUUGUAACAAUAAGUUUGCUGUUUGCAUGACUAAUGCUUAUACUAUUUUUGGCCAGUUAUCUUAGGGCAGUCUCAGAAAAACAAAUGCCCAUUAUCUCAGGAAUCAUUUAAGAUUGAGAUGAGCAAAGCUUCUGAAGAAUAAGUAUUUUUUAAGAAAGUAGUUGCAAAUUGUCAGACAAGGAAACGCACAUUAUUCUGUCAAUAGCUUGUAGGAGCCUCUUCUGUGAUAGCUUUUUCAAUCCUACCAGGAAAACUCAGGUCUCCACAGAAUAAUAGCUUAAAUGCAGAGUGAGUUUAAAAGUACAGUACUGUAUGGUAAAUGAAGAUACUUAGAUAUUCAAGUUACUAAUGAAGUCAGUUAAAAAUAUAAAUCACUUACAACCCUACCAGAAAAACAUUUGUUUCCAUAUUAUGCCUCCUCCCUGGGAGAAAAAGAAAGGGCAGCAAACCUUUUUUGACAGGUCAUGCUAUUUCUACAGUUGACAUAACCUAGCUGUGCAGUGGAAUAGGACUCUCCUAGACCAGAGUGUCUCUGCUGUCAGAAGUCUCUUCUCCAUAAAGGUACUGUGCUUGUAACUUCAACUUUCUUCCCCACCCAAAUAAAAGGAAAUAAAAUUGCAAGUAAAAUUUAUUAAGCAACUCUAGCUUUAUGCUAGAAAAAUGAUACAUUUGCAGUCUGUCCUGGAAUUGGAGCGCCACGCCUACUCAGUCUCAAAGACCUGACGCCAUGCAUGCUAAGGAAGAGUAUUGAUCUACAUGGAAAUAGGACUUUCUAAAUAAAAUAACUUGUUUUUGAACAUGGUUGUAUC